AUGUCAUCACGGACUGCAAUGCGUAUGACGACAGUUGUUUUGCUCGCAUACUCGGACAUCUGCGAUUACAGGACCCGGCGGCCGUUUGAUGCGGUUGCGAAAGCCGACGGAGGCGAGGCUGCAAUUGCGGCGAGUCCGCCUUGCUGCGGCGCGGGUGUUGCACGUGGAAGCCGGCCUGGAGGAGAUGCGGACGCAGAACUCAGAAUGUGUGUGGGCGCUGAGAAAGAGCGCGCACUAGCUGUCGCAAUACAUCUCACGACGCCGAAGUUCAAGCACAGAAUCUACAUGGUCUGGCAUCAGCUUGAGAGCGAUAUGAAGCUCAUCUAA